AUGCAUCCAGACCCACAGGUGGUCGCUCUCAUCCUAGAGCACCUUGCCGAUCCAGUGAACUUGAAGAGAUUCGUCCUCGACCGCAUCCUGAUCGACAAGAACGACGACAAGCGUGUGGAAAUCCUAGUCGCCCGCGGCUUGCAGUGCUUUCGCAAGUUCCCUCAUGCAACGAACGCUCGACAGAUCAAGGCCGCUCAUAAGAUCUUCAUCGCUGAAAUGAGAGAGCUUUGCAAGGCCGUACCUACGACGGAGGAACUUCGGAAGGCGAAGGCAUCGUUUCUGCACCUAGUGCAGUGCUUUGUUUAUAUCACCCUGCUCCUUCGCUUGCCCAUACUCCACCGCACGGCGUGGCCGCGAUUGCUUGGGGAGCACGCUGCCUACAUACCGCUAUGGUCAUCGGGGAUAGAAGACAUUGACCCGCAGUAUGCGUGCUCUACCGCGCACCAUUCGACCACAACCUCUCCAAUACCUUCCUCUCACGCUGUCCAAAGCACAUCCGAGGCUCCGCUUGGUAGCCCCGUGUCACCCUGCGCUGUCUCCUCUGGCGCACCCGCCCGGCCGCCUGCAGUGCCGCCUAGGUUGCGCGGGACAUCAUUCGCGCUGGCGAGCAGUGCCCAUGUGAUGGCACCCGUAAACGGCGACAACCCCGCCACACCGACACCUCCUGCGGCGAGCGGGCACAGGAUAUAUAGGGAGAUGAACAUUCUCGGCGCGGGUGAUGAGCAGGAAAAUAUACGUGUACCAUCGGCAGGUCCUUCGAGCAGAGCUUCCGAUGCUUACGCGGAGGACACCGAGAUCUCGCGCUUCGGAAGCGCGGCAGGACAUGGCUCAACUCUCAAACGCAAAGCUACCCCGCCUUCUCUGUACCUUGAAGGCAUGAACCAGGACGAACGCAUGGCCAAACGUCAAAAGACCGCAGGUUCUCUUACAUCGCACGUCGAGACGCCAGCGCAUAGUACUGACAGCGCAUGUCCAUACGGUCAAGUACUGCAGCAACUGAAGAAAAGCGUACGGACACUCGUGUUAGUGGUGGACGACUUGUGCAUCGCCCAUAGCAACCGAUGUCAACCCGCCACGCCAUCACGCUGCGAGAACUGCGCGGCUCAGGACCAGGUUCCGUCCGCGGUGUGA